AUGAAGCAAGAGCCUGGGGAUUCAAGUGAUAAGUCCGCUCCGUCUGGGUCAAUCACUCCACAGCCGAAGCCUCCGCAACAGGCUAAUGUAUCAAACCAGCAGCCACAAAAGCCCCAGCAAUUUUCUGCUGCAGACUUGAAUAGAAUUGUGCUGGAGUAUUUGAACAAAAAGGGUUACCACAAGACUGAAUCCAUGUUACGAAUGGAGUCGUCGCACAUUCCUGCACCUCCAACGAAUAUCCCCACUCCUCAAACCACAAACAUCAGCAGGCCUACUGCUCCUGGAAGAGCACCUGAAUAUAGUGAUGAUCCUGCUACGAUCAAGCGGGGAUACUCUAUACUAAAAUCCUGGUGUGAAUCAUCCUUGGAUUUCUACAGACCAGAGUUAGAAAAGUUUUUGUAUCCAGUAUUUGUGCAUUGCUAUCUUGAUUUGAUUGCAAGGGGAUAUCCCAGCCAUGCCAGAGAAUUUUAUGACAAAUUUUCGAAGGAUCAUUCAGUUUUACACGAGUACGAAAUAUCUAAAUUGGGAGGUAUUUCUUUGAAAGAGCACCUGCAAGAGAAUGAUGUGGCCAAAAUUUUCAGAAGUCAUAAGUUCAAAGUACUGAUUGGACGAACUACUUUCAACUUGUUAUUGUAUUUCCUCAACGAGAAUGAUGCUGUUGGAGGAGGGGUAGUUCUUCGACUCAUAAAUCAGUACAUUGAGCCUGUGAUCACAACUGAGGCUAUAGCUGUCGAAAGAGAAGGGGAACUUAAUCUCUCUGAAGGUAUUGUGGAGCUACACACUUUGAAUAACACCUCUAUUGGAGGAGAACAGAGAGAAAUCAGUAGUGUAGAUGCCUUCAACAAAAAACCUGUCAAGUUGGGAAAACUCCAAGUUGAUCCAGAGUAUUCUAAAGAACUAGAAGCAGAGCUCAAGCUUAAGGAUGAGCAUGAACAGGCGGCUCAAAAAAAGGUUAGUACCACGCUGCUUGAAGAAUACAGAGAAAACUUCAAAGUUGAUCCAAGUGAUGAAAAUAAUCCUUCCAAAGACACUUUACCACUGCCAUUAAAAUCAGCACAAGAUUUACGUAAUGAUAUUGCCAUGAUUCAGGAUUCUAGGGCUAAGAUUAAACUGAGCGCAGCGCAAGCUUCUCUCCCAAGUGUGUGUAUGUACACAUUUCACAACACAAACAAUGACUUGACAUGUCUCAAGUUCAAUGACGAUUCUACUAUGGUCGCCAGUGGAUUUCAAGAUUCAUUCAUUAAACUAUGGAGUAUUGAUGGAUCGCCGUUGAGAUCGUUGUUGAAAAAUGAUCCAUACAACCAACAAAAUAAUGACGGAGUAGCUGUAAAGGGAUCUAGGAGACUUGUAGGCCAUUCGGGUGCUGUCUAUGGUGUUGACUUCAGUCCAGAUAACAGGUAUUUGAUUUCUUGUUCAGAAGACAAGACUGUUAGGUUAUGGUCGUUGGAUACUUACACCUGCCUCGUUUCUUAUAAGGGGCAUAGUUCGUCAGUGUGGGACGUCAAAUUCUCUCCAAUGGGACACUAUUUUGCUACUGCCUCUCACGAUCAAACUGCACGUUUAUGGAGUUGCGAUCACAUAUAUCCUUUAAGAAUUUUUGCAGGACAUUUAAAUGACGUUGAUUGUGUUGAAUUUCAUCCAAACUCGACCUAUCUAUUCACGGGAUCAAGUGAUAAGACUGCAAGAAUGUGGGAUAUAGCGCGCGGAGAAUGUGUAAGAGUGUUCAUGGGACACAGUGGGGCCAUCAAUUGUCUGGCAGUGUCACCCGAUGGAAGAUGGCUAGCAUCGGCAGGUGAAGAUAGUGUAGUCUGCUUGUGGGACAUUUCAACUGGACGAAGGAUCAAGGCCAUGCGAGGUCAUGGACGCAGUUCCAUUUAUUCCCUGGCUUUCUCCCGAGAAGGAACUGUGCUUGUCAGUACCGGUGCCGACAACAGUGUAAGAGUAUGGGAUGUGAAAAAGAACACCAACUCUCCUUCAGCCCAGCCAGAGCCUAUAAAUGAUGUAACGGCUCAAGGAAUUCAGAAAAAGACAGAAGAUCUACGCCGUCGUAAGGAGAUAGUCGCCACCAAUGACCAUAUGUCUGUCUAUUUCACUAAAAAAACUCCAGUAUAUACAGUUCACUUCACCAGAAGAAACCUGUGUCUGGCUGGUGGUGUGUUUGGAGGUUAA